AACACAGGCACUUCACCAGUCUCCAGCAAUCAUGUCCAACGGUACUUUACUUGUCACGGAUUCCAGAACCAAUGCCACCAUCGAAAUUCCAAUCACAAACAAUGCUGUCAAGGCCACAGACUUUAAGGUCUUGAAAGCACCAAAGACGGGUGCCGUGCUGCCUGGUCAAGCAGGCGCAGGCCUCCGCCUCUACGACCCCGGUCUUAACAAUACCGCUGUCGUCGAGUCCAAGAUCUGUUUCUCAGACGGCAUUCGCGGCAUCGUUCAGUAUAGAGGCCAGCCAAUUGAACGUCUACGCGAUUGUGAGUACGAGGACUUGAUUCACCUGUUCGUCUGGGGUAGCGUGCCGGCCCCUGACCAGCAAGCCACACUGAAGCGCCAACUUAACGCGCACAUGCUUAAUAUACCCCCAGAGGUCAUCAGUGUAAUUCAGUCAUUCCCGUCGGAUUCAACACCCUUCCCCAUGAUUAUGGCUGGUCUGUCCACGUACCUUGGAUGCGACACAUCAGCCAUUCCAACCUACGUUGGUGGUAACAUCUACCACGGCGACUUGGAGGCCACGGACAAAGCGAUUCUGCGAACUCUCGCUGCCUAUGCAGUAUGCUCUGGUCUCGCUGUAAGCCAUCGUACCGGCAAGGAAUUCUGCAUGCCGCGCGCAGACUUUGGCUUCCUCGAAAACCUGUUGCUCAUGGCCGGAAUCGUGGAUACAAAGACCGGUCUCCCCGAUCCAAAGCAUGUCAACGCUGUGCAGAGGACUUGGGUUCUCAGCGCCGAGCAUGGCCCGACAAACUCGACUUCUGCUCUGUUGCUCACCGCGUCCAGUCUCUCUGAUCCAAUCUCGUGUUUGAUCAGUGCUGUCUCCACAGCGUACGGUCCGCUGCACUUUGGCGCGACUGAAGUGGCUUAUCGCGAUUUCGAAGCUGUCGGUGAGCCGGCCAAUGUGCCCAAUCUGAUUGCCAGCGUCAAGGCUGGAGAUCGAAGACUCUAUGGCUAUGGUCAUCGUGUAUACAAGACGGUCGACCCCAGGGUUCUUUUUGCAAAACAAGUUCUGGAGGACCUGAAUUCUGACGACAACCCUCUUCUUCAGGUCGCUUACGAGAUCGAUAGGGUAGCGGCGACAGACGACUACUUCAUUUCUCGUCAACUCAAUGCAAAUGCUGAUCUGUACGGUGUAUGCAUAUACAUUGCUCUGGAGUACCCACCAGAGAUCGUCCCAGUCAUGAUGUUCGCAUCCAGAACGGCUGGACUGAUGGCCCACUUCCGCGAAGCGAUGACACGAAGAAACCAGAUUUGGAGACCUCAGCAGAUCUACGUGGGAGAUUAUUAUCCGGAGGAGGCCGCGCAACCUCGCCUGUAGACGAGCAAGUUAGGCGGCGAUGGCGGGAAUGUGAAUAUAGCCGUAGAAUCUCCAUAGUCUCAAGUCACGAUAUUUAGUAUGCAUCUUGGAGUUGUUGAGACCCAACGAUAAAGUCUGUAGAUAUAAGAAGCCUGCCCGACCCUCGAGAUUUGGU